GUCCUAAAUAAUCUUUUUAUGUUUCCAGAACAAAAUGGUGGGCAACAUUGUAAUUAUUUCCAUGAUGGUGGCGGCUUGCAUAGCUCAAAGGCCGUUCUACGCUAGACGACCGAUAGGCUACCCGGUCCUCGAACAACCCAGCACUGAGACCAACGCUCUCGGUGACAGAUUCGGCAACGGCGAAACUACAACCACCCAGCGGCUACCAAUAGAAGCGCUCGGCGACCGCGCUCUGGUCGACCAGCUGAGCCAACUGCCCGUAGACAAGCAGCCAUUUUGGUUGCUGAACUGGCGUGCGCUGGAACAGCAUCGGCAGAAGCACCCCACCUUCCAGCACUCGCAGAGCAAUUUCGCCAAUGAGCUGUCUUUUUUCAACUCCCCGAACCAGGUCUCGUAGACAACAUGCCAAAUAAUGAGCUGAUUUAGACGGCGCGCGAACUCGUAUGCGAUUUUAUGGCUCCUCUACACGAUGGGCCAACGCCGACCACUCCAAGGGACGCAACCAUGCGUUAGAAUGAGAUAGCAAUAUCACUUGCUCCCUCUAACGCAUAAAUGCGUCCCUUGGAGUGGCCGGCGUUGGCCCAUCGUGUGGAGGAGCCAUUAGUUACAUUGAGGACUAUUGGUUACAUCCAAUUCAGCCGACCAAACACCGCAAUGUAAUGAAACUCACAUGCGAGUUCUCGCACCAUGUAAAUGGGCCUCGCGAACGAAACGCAACUGUCACUGUCACACUAAUAUGGAAGAGCGAUAGAGACACAAAGCGAUUCGAUAGCGAAGCGCAAGCGAUUUUCACCUUGACUAGACCCAAGGCAUUUUAAUUUAUAAGAAACUUUUAUAUGAAUAAAUGUUAAUUUUUAUAUGUUAUCUACAGAAAUACUUAUGAGAAAUUAGUACCUACUUACUUACCUCAAGAGAUUAAACAAAGAGAAAGAAAAGGAUUUAAAUCUUAUCAGUUUAAACUUUGAACUAUGUAUAAAUGGUGUUAUAAAAGAUGUUUUGUGCCAUAAUAACUAAUUAAAGUACGUAGAAAUGUAACUUUAAACACACACACACACUUUUUAGUUCGAAUGCACUAAUAAAUACUUUAAACUUAA